ACUCCUGCAGGCUGCACAAUCUCACUGCUGAGGAGCUAAGGUUGUGUUCACUAUGUUGGAUCAACUGCACAUAUUUGCUUUAUGACCAAUACUUUUAUCAUGUCAGUGGCAACGGAGCGGCGUCGGUCCAAAGUGUAGAUCUUUUAAGCAAGAGGUUCCCUCUUCUCCAGCGGACAGAAGGGCUCACCGACACGAACGGAAGGACUAACGUUAGGCUACUUGUGUAAUUUGGGGGCACGAACACCGAUUAGCUAGCCUUAAAAUGUCAGGUUGAAUAAUAAUAAUGUCUUCUUUGUAGCCCAUGGCAGCUGGAUAUUCUAUCCAUCAUUAAAAAAAAUGAACUUGUUUUGUUUCAUCUUACUGGAUCUGUGCUUAUUCAGCCGCGAGAUGACAGUUUGAAACAAGGCAGUCGAUGGGAGAAAUAAGUUGCCUGACAGCCGUCCGCGAGGAUUUCUCUAAUUUUUUUGAGUCAUGGUCGAAGCUUCGUCACUCUGUCAGUAUGAUGGGGAUUUCUUUCCAGGGACGCGGCUCGUUGGAUUGUAAUAUGUGAGUGGAGUGGGUGACCGAGGUCUGGGCCUGCGUGCGCUUUUCUAUUGUGGCCUGCGCUUGGAUACAGCUCCUGCGCACCGGAUCAGCAGCGUUAAUUACGGUUUGGAGAUUAUCCCUGUCUGGCCUGCGCACACAUCAGAAGGAGAAUUCAGUUUGGCGUAAUAGAUACGAUUUCCAAGCUGUGUGGAGUCCCUGUGGGAAGAGCAACAGCUCUGGACCAGAGCCUGUCCAGACUUAAACCCUUUUAAAAGAUGAAUGCGCUGCUUCCCAUGCUUUAGAUCACACUGUUCCAUCAAACGGGGAAGCUGAAUUUCAUCAGGAGGGAGGGGGCGCCACCUCUAACAUGAGGGAAAUCUAGGGCCACCGACUUUUCCUAUUUAUUGAGGGGGGUGCGGGUUAUUUUCUUUUAAAUAUUUUUUGGAAUUAUCAUGAGUGGCAGUGUUAGGGCUGCACAGAUUUUAAGACUUGGAUGGUCAAUGCUGUACAUGCUCAUAUAUGUUUUCCGUUAUUAGCCCCAGGCUACAGUAGCCUAAUGGUGUGCAAGCAAGAACAUUAGUUUAGAGGAAGUCGGUCAGAGCCUUGUUGGCAUUAUGAUAUGAGAAGCAGAUUCUGACAGGAUCGGCAUCAUUCAGUCAUCAUUCAGCAUCAUUGAAUGGCUCUUUGCGGCACAACGGCUACAAAUGUUACAAAAAUGAUGGCUGCUUACAACGGUGGCUCCUCAACAGUGGCUACCCAUCACCCGCAUCAUCACCACCAGCUCCAGCACCUUCCGCCUCCCCACAUGCACCACCACCACCACCACGCGGGCCAGCAUCACUUGCAGCACCCGGGCUCCGCAGCCGCCGUGCACACGGUCCAGCAGCACACCUCCACGGCUGCCGCAGCGGCGGUGAUGCUCAACCCCGGCCAACAGCAGCCAUACUUCCCCUCUCCUGCCCCCGGACAAGCCCCCGGGCCGGCGGCUGCCGCGGCUCCUGCCCAGGUUCAAGCUGCCGCUGCUGUCAAAGCUCACCAUCAGCAACAACACACGCACAACCUACAGCAGCAGCUGGAUAUAGAGCCUGACAGGCCCAUCGGCUAUGGAGCGUUUGGGGUUGUCUGGUCAGUGACAGACCCCAGAGAUGGAAAGCGAGUUGCCCUAAAAAAAAUGCCCAAUGUCUUCCAAAACCUUGUUUCUUGCAAGAGGGUGUUUCGGGAGCUCAAGAUGCUAUGCUUCUUCAAACAUGAAAACGUGCUGUCUGCUCUGGACAUACUACAACCUCCACACAUCGACUUCUUUGAAGAAAUCUAUGUCGUGACUGAACUGAUGCAAAGUGACCUCCAUAAGAUCAUCGUAUCACCACAGCCUCUGAGCUCAGACCACGCCAAAGUUUUUCUUUAUCAGAUUCUACGAGGACUUAAAUACCUUCAUUCUGCUGGCAUUCUGCACCGAGACAUCAAGCCUGGCAACCUCCUGGUCAACAGCAACUGUGUGCUCAAGAUCUGUGAUUUUGGCCUGGCCCGAGUAGAGGAGUUAGACGAGUCACGACACAUGACUCAGGAAGUGGUUACACAGUAUUACCGAGCUCCUGAGAUCCUCAUGGGGAGCCGCCAUUACUCCAACUCCAUCGAUAUCUGGUCUGUGGGCUGCAUCUUUGCUGAACUGCUGGGGCGGCGCAUCCUGUUCCAAGCCCAAAGUCCCAUUCAGCAGCUGGAUUUAAUCACUGACCUGUUGGGGAUUCCCUCUAUGGAAGCGAUGAGGACGGCGUGUGAAGGCGCUCGUGCACACAUUCUCAGAGGACCUCAAAAGCAACCAUCCCUUCCUGUUCUGUACACACUGUCUAGCCAAGCAACCCAUGAAGCUGUCCACCUCCUCUGUAGGAUGCUGGUAUUUGAUCCGUCAAAGAGGAUUUCAGCAAAGGAUGCCCUGGCUCACCCUUACCUGGACGAGGGUCGACUGCGCUACCAUACAUGCAUGUGCAAAUGCUGCUACACCACAUCCUCUGGCCGUGUUUACACCAGUGACUUUGAGCCUGUCACUAAUCCCAAGUUUGAUGAUGGCUUUGAGAAGAAUCUGAGCUCUGUGAGGCAGGUCAAAGAGAUCAUCCAUCAGUUCAUUUUGGAACAGCAAAAGGGGAGUCGAGUGCCACUCUGCAUUAACCCUCAAUCAGCUGCUUUUAAAAGCUUUAUCAGUUCCACAGUGGCUCAGCCCUCUGAAAUGCCUCCGUCUCCACUGGUGUGGGAAUAGCUGCUGCUGUGUCAUCAUUUUUCCCAACUGACAAGCUGCUAAACUGGGAACAAGAACGUGUCUCAACGUCUCUAUCAUCUUCGUAGCAUUUCACUGGAGAGCAGGACACACAGGUCUGCUGUGUGUAUGCUGAAAUGUGAAACAAAUUGCUUUAUGGGGGUGUUUUGUAAAUUAAUGAGACAAAUACUCUGGAGACCAAAUCAGAAUGUUUUAAACAAACUCAUCUGGUUACUUCCAAGUAGAUAAGAUUUAACAGUUUGUACAUUUGUUUUGCUAAAUAGAUUAAUAUACAUUUUAAAAAAGAUGUCUAUUUUAACAUAUCUGUAAUCACAAACGGAUUAAUUUCCCAUGCAAUCGGCUACUCUGCAUUAUUAUGCCCAGCUUCACCUCUGCACUUGUAAAUUAAAUCAAUCGAUUGGAAUUGAUCUGAAAGCUGAAAGCUCACCAUAGUUUUAGUGAUGGACAAAAUUAGCCUCGCAAAGCUUCUUGAACCAUUUUAUUUAUUUUCUGUGGCCGCUAAAUGGCACUCUUGGUUUAAAGAUAAAGGCUCAAGGAAUAGUAAUUUAGUGUUAAUGUUCGGAUGGUGAAUGAAUGAACAACACACAGCACAGCAACACAAUCCCUUAUUUCCCUUUUGAGUCUGACCAGGGCUAUGCCAUUUGGGGAGGGGCCGCUCAUUGAUCCUCCUAUAUUUCUGAAAAUCCUAGACAUGGUUGUGACCGUUAGUGCGUUCCGAUUAGCCUGUGUUUGUAUUGAAAUAAGUGCUGCGGCCUGCUGUACGGGUUGAGCAGAGGCUGCACAGUUUGACCAGCAGGCAGCGGCCAGGCAGCUGGAUGGUGUCGCUAAGAACUUGCAAUUUAUAACUAUUUUCAGACCGGCCCUUGCGGCUUCGAAACACUAUAGGCCCAUAAGUCUGGACUCUCCCGAUUGCCACUGGUGUUUGCUACUUGUUUCAAGUGGCCUCACUUGAAGCGGGUGAACAGCCUGCCAUCAUAGCCUCCACCUGGCUGAAUCACACUGCCCCACACUGUUCUCUAUCCAGUGUCUUUUUUUUUUGUCAUGACAUUAAGUCACAAGAAUUGUCAGCUACAGUUCUCCAAUUCUGAUUUGGGAAAGGUUCAGAGACUAUAAGAUGGUCCAACACUUUGUUUGAAGCACUUAGUUUAGUGUUAGUUGUUGAGUGUUAGCAAAUACUCAACACAUUAGCCAUUAGAACUUUAGAUGGGGUAAAUAAGUCAGGGCUGUGUACUGUGGCACAUACCCACUUGAAGGUCAUUCUUUCUUCUUUAAUUUCAUAGUAUGUCAUCUAUUCAUGGUAGAAUGCACAUCUAAUCAGUCACAGUCCGCAAAGCUUCAGUCACAACAUGCCACUUUUGUCUAUUUAUAUUAAAUAUAUUGGAGGGGAAUAUUAAUAAGAAUUUAACUAAAUUUACAACCUUAACUCAACAAGUGUUUAUUUUUUAUCUUAAAAUAAGGACAUGCUUUACAGGAAUGUAAUUAUUGUUCAGAUAUUUUAUAUAUAUGUAUAAUGCACACGUAUUAGAACAAGUAAAUGUAUGCAUGUAUAUGCUAUUUUGAUGAUUGUAUGCAGACAUUUAUACAUGAGGCCCCUCAAUAUUUGUUUAUAUAUAUUGUUUGUAAUAUUAAGUUAACCAGUCCCAAUAUUGAAAUCUUUGUCAGUCAGUCAUUGUGGAAAGGGUCAGGUAUCCCCUAAAUAGGCCGCACUUUAUUUCUGUUUGGAAUAAAGUGAAUAACGUGUUUACAGUGGUCAGCAGAUAGCAUUCUACAAAUCUGCUUGGGUUUUUAGAUAAAUUGUGUUUUGUUUUUGAGAUAAUUCAGUCUUGAAGGUGAGGGUUUAAAUGCUCACUUGCAAGUUACAUGAAGAACAAUUGAAUAGGAAAUAAGUUUAAAAAGGGAUCAGACUAAAAACUAUUCUUAUACGCCCUGCCAACAAGAUGACACAACCCAUCCAACUUCAGAAAGCUGUACUGUACUGACAAAGGGAAAAGGAGCAGAACAGGAAAUUCUACAAUGCUACUUCUGCCCCCUCUUUGACCAACCAUAUUACUUGUACUGCUAAUAUUCAGUUCAAUACUAGUGUAUGUGUAUUUUAUGAAUGAAUGUUAGAUGUCUUCUUGUGUGCCUCCAACUUCACUGUUUGGAUAGUAACUAUUUAAUCACUCAGCCAAACUGAACAAAUUUUACCCCAAAGAGUAGGAAGAAUAAAAAUUCAGGGAAAAAAAACACAAGACAGUCAAAAUUGCACUGAACUGAAAUAUGUCAGCUUACUAGUGGUUCCCCAUGACCUUCCAUGGAAUUCAUCUAUAUAUACACCACUUAAAUGGAGUUGAAUGAAAACCUCUACAGCCUGUUGGCCUUUCCAUAGCUAGAGUGACAUCUGGAGUAAACAUUCUCCCUCUUAACACCCCUACCCCACCCAGAAGAACAAAAAGACAGACAUUAGUAAAUAAACAUGUUCAAUAAAAAUAAAGAAGACAUUAAGUACACUAUGGGUUCAGUUUAUCUGCUUCUGUAUUUUCAAAAAACAAAGGAGGCCUUCGUACAUACGUAUAUUUUGAAAAUGGAUCCCUUAAUGGAACACCAAAUCUUCUCAAACAAGUCCUCCAUACCAUACAACAAUAUAGGAUGUUUAUUCCUACCCUCUAAAACGACCUAUAGGAGCAUUUCAUUAAUUAGCAUCCCUAGUGGUGGCAGGAAAUAUGACCCACAGAAGCAUUUUUACAUCCUCAUAUUUAAACCACAGAACGUAAUGGUCACAGUUUUAAACCAUAGACUGUGUAAAAUAUGGACGUAGGACCCAUAGGUUUCUGAAGAGCCAAAAUAAAGCUCAAAGUGGGUGGCUCCUUGUGGCUCCAGCCGUAGCCUUCUUGUAAUCGCUGCUUUAACAAAUGACUUAUGGUGGUGUAUUUCAUUGAGGACAAAUCUCAAAUGUUUUUGAAUUGGACAUGUUCAUCUUUACAUAAUGACCCUGAGGAAAACAAUUCUUCUGGUGAUUACAUAACAGACUGCAACCAAAUUGGCUUGAGACCUGGGGUCCAUUCCAGGAAGGAGUUUUAACAAACUCUGAGUCUAACCCAGAUAUCUGAGUUGAUUUAUCCUGAGAUGGGAAACUCAAGAGUUUUCAG